UGAAAUAAAGAAAUCCUCCAUAUAUCAUUUAAGGUGGGGUAAUAUUUUCCCUCCAUUUUCCAGGCCUUGACCUCCACAGAAGCCACACUUGCAUUUGACCCCAAGGACUACAUCAAGUCAAUUCACACCCAUAGAGUGAAAGUGAUUGAGACCUUCAGUGAAGCUCCUCCUACAACAAUCCACCAAUAAAUGCUGGAGUCAAACACACAGAGAAAUCACUCCAUGUGUGACAACUGAAAUCUUCAUGAUAUAAUGUUGAUGCUGGUGAAAGAGGAGCUUGAGAAGAUGACAGAUCCACAACCAUGCAGAAUAAAGAAUGAAGAUACUGAGGAACAAAUAGAUAUGAUGGAAGUGAAAGAGGAGAGUCAAGCUGAAGUGGAUGAGAAACAUCAAAUUGUAAAAAUAAAACAUAAUGUUUCACAGAAAGAAACUCUGAAGACAGAAGACAUAAAGUGUGAAAAUAGUUUCAGAGAAGAUGAACGCCCUGAAGAUCACAAGAGGACUCACAGUGAGAAGAAACCUUACCAGCACAAGAAAGCUCACAUGGUGGGAAAGCAACACGUGUGCCAGCAUUGUAACAAGAGUUUCCCAGAUACAACUAAACUUAAGAUACACAUGAGGUCUCACACUGGAGAGAAACCUUUCACAUGUCAUCUGUGUGGAAAGAGUUUCAGAACAAAUACUACCCUUAAAAUACACAUCAGGAUUCACACUGGAGAGAAACCACACGUGUGCCAUCAGUGUGGAAAGAGUUUUAUAACUGCAGGUGAACUUAGGAAACACAUGAGGACUCACACUGGAGAGAAACCUUUCACAUGUCAACAAUGUGGAAAGAGUUUCAAAAGAAAAGAAAGCCUUAACUUACAUGUGAGGAUUCACACUGGACAGAAACCAUUUACGUGCAAUCAGUGUGGAAAGAGUUUCGGAAGAAAAGCUCACCUUAACAACCAUGUGAUGAUUCACACUGGAGAGAAACCAUUCAAGUGCCACCAGUGUGGAAAGAGUUACACCUUUAAGACAAUCCUUAUCCGGCACAUGAUAGCUCACAGUGGGGAAAAGCCACACGCAUGCCAUCACUGUGACAAGAGGUUCACAUUUACAAGUGGACUUAAGAUACACAUGAGGAUUCACACUGGAGAUAAAGCACAUGUGUGCCAUCAGUGUGGAAAGAGUUUUGCAACUGCAAGUAACCUUAACAGACAUUUGAGAAUUCACACUGGAGAGAAACCUUACACGUGUCAACAGUGUGGAAAGAGUUUCACCUGUCCAUCGAACAUUAACCGCCACAUGAAAACUCACAGUGGGGAAAAGACACACGUGUGCCAUCAGUGUGGAAAGAGUUUUGCAACUGCAAGUAACCUUAACAGACAUUUGAAAAUUCACAACAGAGAGAAACCUUUCACGUGUCAACAGUGUGGAAAGAGUUUCAUCUUUCCAUCGGACCUUAAACGCCACAUGAAAACUCACAGUGGGGAAAAGCCACACACAUGCCAUCUAGGCAUAAUACUCAAUGAAGUAAAGAAGAACCCACGAGUAACAGCCAAAGGCUUGAAGACAUCAUUGGAACUGGCACACAGCUCUGUUCCUGAGUCUACCAUAUGCAAGUCUUUGGACAGGCACGGUGUCUAUGACAGUAAACCAUCAUUUGAGAUGUUGGAGAACCACCCUGACUGGACACCAUCCCUGCGGUUAGGCUACAAUGAUGUUAAAAAAACGGAUGGAGCAAGAAAUCAGCGGCAAGUGAAGCGCAGGACCCAGAAGCGGCCGCCACCGCCAGCCCAGGACCACCAGCAGCCGCCAUCGCCAGCCCAGGACCACCAGCAGCCGCCAUCGCCAGCCCAGGACCACCAGCAGCCGCCAUUGCCAGCCCAGGACCACCAGCAGCCGCCAUUGCCAGCCCAGGACCACCAGCAGCAGCCAUCGCCAGCCCAGGACCACCAGCAGCAGUCGCCAUCACCGCCAACCCAGGAAAUGGAAUGUGGACUCUGCACAUCUAGACGAGAUGUUAUCAACAAUCUUUUGGAAGAAAACAGAGAGCUGAAGCGGGAGCUUGAUGAGUACCGGAUGAAUGAGAACUUUCUGGGUGGUGAUGAUAACACAGUGAAGUAUUACACGGGGCUUCCAAACUUUGCAUUGUUCCAAACACUUCUACACACCCUCACUCCAUAUCUGCCUCAAUGUAGGAUGAAGAAGCUCUCACCCUUCCAGCUUGUCCUAUUGACUUUAAUGCGCCUCAGACUAGACCUUCCAAUACAGCACCUCAGCCAUCUGUUUAGAGUACAUAGGACAACAAUUGCCGAUGCCUUUCACCAUACCCUUGGAGUGAUGUACGCACAGCUGUGUCCAUUGGUGCACUGGCCAAGCAGGGAAUGCUUAUUGACCAGUAUGCCACACCAGUUUGUGGAAUCGUUUGGGAACAAUGUGGCUGCCAUUGUGGACUGCUUCGAGGUGUUCAUUGAGAAACCCUCAAAUGUACUGGCAAGGGCACAGACUUUCUCUCGCCACAAACAUGCAUACACCAUGAAAUACCUAAUUGUGAUCACGCCCCAGGGUGUCAUUUCCUUCACAUCGAACGGGUGGGGUGGGCGCACAAGUGACAAGCAUAUAACUGAGCAAAGUGGUUUCCUGAACAAACUGUUACCAGGUGACAUUGUGCUGGCAGAUAGGGGCUUUAAUAUAAGAGAAAGUGUGGAUAUGAUUGAAGUGAAAGAGGAGAGUCAAGCUGAAGUGGAUGAGAAACAUCAGAUUGUAAAAAUAAUCCAUAAUGUUUCACUGAAAGAAACUCUGAAGACAGAAGACAUAAAGUGUGAAAAUAGUUUCAGAGAAGAUGAACGCCCUGAAGAUCACAAGAGGACUCACAGUGAGGAGAAACCUUUAACAUGUCAACAAUGUGGAAAGAGUUUUAAAAGAAACGUUCAUCUUAAAGCACACAUGAGGAUUCACACUGGAGAGAAACCACAUCCAUGCCAUCAUUGUGACAAGAGUUUCCCAGAUACAAGUAAACUUAAGAUACACAUGAGGACUCACACUGGAGAGAAACCUUACACUUGUCAUCAAUGUGGAAAGAGUUUCUCUGUUGAAGGAAACCUUAAGAUUCAUGAAAGAAUUCACACUGGAGAGAAACCAUUCACGUGCCAUGAGUGUGAAAAAUGUUUCAGGUGUAAGAGUAGCCUUAAAACACACAUGAGAAUUCACAAAGGAGAGAAACCUCACGUGUGUUUUCAGUGUGGAAAGAGUUUCACUUAUAAACAUGGACUUGAGAUUCACAUGAGAAUUCACACUGGGGAGAAACCUUUCAUAUGCUGUCAGUGUGAAAAGAGUUUCACAAGUAAAAGUAAUCUUAAGACACACAUGACAGUUCACAGUGAAGAGAAACCGUUCACAUGCCAUCAGUGUGGAAAGAGUUUCUCUAUUGAAAGGAACCUUAAGAUACAUGCAAUAAUUCACACUGGAGAGAAACCAUUUGUGUGCCAUGAGUGUGGAAAGAGUUUCACCUUUCAAUCGGCCCUUAUACGGCACAUGAAAAUUCACAGUGGGGAAAAGCCACACGCAUGCCAUCAUUGUGACAAGAGUUCAACUCAACUUGAGAUGCACAUGAGGUCUGAGAAAUCUUACAUAUAUCUUCAGUGUGAAAAAAAGUUUCACAAGUGAAGACUCUCUUAAGAGACACAUGAUAACUCACACCCGAGAGAAACCGUUCAUUUGUCAUCAGUGUGGAAAGAGUUUUACAAAGAAAUGUGACCUUAAUGCACAUGUGAGAAUUCACACCGGAGAGAAGCCGUACGUGUGUUAUCACUGUGGAAAGAGUUUCAGGACAAAAACAAACCUUAAUGUACAUUUAAUCACUCGCACUGGAGAGAUACCGUUCACAUUAGGGCUGGGUAUCGAUUCAGAUGUUCCAGAUCGAUUCGAUUUCGACUCACAAGCUAUCGAUUCGAUUCCGAUUUUCGAUUCAAUUUUUAAAUCUGGUUCUCGGGUAGGUUUUUAUACUCGAUUCUCGAUUCAACUCAAUGAAUAUAGAUUUAAUACAGAUACUAUAUUAAUAAAAAGAACAGUGAACAGCAGUUUACAAGUGGGUAAUUAAUAAAAAAAUUAAAAGCCACAACACUAACGUUGAAGAAGACUAGUAAUUAGAUUAAAGUUAAUCUUACUUUCAAUGUUUGUGGAAAUAAAUAUGAACGAAAAAAAUCGAUUCUGCUCUUUCCGAAUCGAUUUUUAUUAGACCACGUUUUAAAAAACGAUUAAUCGGAAAAUCGAUUUUUUUUUGCCCAGCCCUAGUUCACAUGCCAUGAGUGUAAAAAGAGUUUCAAAACAAAAGCUGCCCUUAACACACACAUGAGAAAUGGCAUUUCGUGUCAAAGGCAGUGGAGCUUAAAACCUGCAAAAUAUUCAAAAUAUUACUCUUUCUGCUCUGCCCUUCAGCAUCUGAUGGUCAACCAUGAAAUAUUCUUUUUGGAUAUUUUUUUUACUGGCUUUUUUGUCCCCUCGGUUUAUUUCUCUUUAUUAUUCAUAAUAUGAAUUGGCACCAAGAGCUGCUCUGGUGCCAAUUUUUAAGACAUUUGCCAAGUUAGGUGUGCGGUUAUCAGAAAUUAAUGCAUACCCAUGGAACAUUUGUCAGCCAAUCAGAAUACACCAUUCAACAGACCCAUGGUAUAAUUUGUUAUUAUUGUUUUAACUGAUGUUAAAGUUAAGUUUCAUAACUUAAAUCACAUAUAUUUUCUAUAUAAUCUUAACACUGAAUCACUGCCUUUGUACUUUAACUAGAUUUUUUUCUCGUUUACUUCAUGUUGUAGAAAAGUUUUGUACUUUUAAAAUAAAUGGUUGUGUUUAA